UCGGGCGUUUUAUUUUGGUAAACAAACGAAGAUGGUGCCAGGUUAUUGGGGUCCUCCGAGUUCCACCAUCGAUUGGUGUGAAGAAAACUACAAAGUUACACAUUUUAUUGCGGAAUUUUGGAACACAGUAAGCAAUGUAGCAAUGAUAAUUCCCCCCUUCAUUGGGGCCUACCUGUUGGUAAGGAACAACCUUGAAAGACGUCUAAUUGCUUCUCACCUCAGCCUCAUGUGUGUGGGGCUUGGCUCCUGGUGCUUCCACAUGACCCUACUGUAUAGUAUGCAGCUUCUCGAUGAGCUGCCUAUGAUUUGGGGAUCUGCAGUCCUGGUUUAUAAUCUAGCCACAGUCCAACUCCCACAGAAGUGCCAUAAUAAGCCACUGGCUGCCAUUCUGUUCAUCUACUGUUCAGUUGUCACACUUGUAUAUAUCCUCUGCAAUAUUCCGAUAUUUUUCCAGAUAUCGUAUGGCAUUCUGGUGCUGUCGCUGAUAGGAAUCUCAAUUAAAGUCUCUCUCGAUCUAAAGUGGGCCAAUAAGACUGUGUUACUGUUUGGCUGCCUUGCCUAUGGUCUUGGAUUUGUUAUGUGGAACAUUGAUAACCAGUUCUGCUCUUCUCUCAAAGCCAUGAGAUAUCACACAGGAUUCCUGUCGCCAUUGUUUGAGUUCCAUGCUUGGUGGCAUAUACUGGCCGGAAUCGGAACAUACCUUGGAAUUGUGUUUGGGGCUGAUGCACGACUUUCUGUUUUAGGAUAUAAAACUAAAAUUAAAUUCUGGAAACGGUGUUUUCCCUACCUGGUUGCUACCGACCCCUUGCCGCACUGACAGAUGAGAAUACUCUCCCUUACUUCUCAUUCACACAAAUGUGGGUUAUCCCACUUGCACCUACUGCUGCCAUUUUGUGAGUUGCCUCCCUUCUCCCUUAAUUUAUUACAAGUGUAAUGUGAGUUUCUCCCCUUUGUAAAAGCUGCUGCCAUUAUUGGAACUGUACCAGAUGCUGUUAUUUGCAUUGUGAGGACUAAACAUGCUAUCAGUGAUAUUAUUUGUGCUUAUUUGAUGAACAUACAAUAGCUUGCUGUAAUCUGUUUGAAGGACUCUGCCUACAAUUUUUUUUAUGUUGAACAAACAUUGAUGGUAUAUUAAGCAGCAAAUUACAGGGAUAUUUCACAGCUGUGCCAUCAGCGGCAACCUGAAUUUUAACUGAACUAUCCCACAUAUCCUGUGAUAUUUGAAAACAUUUAAAAAACAUAAACAUAUUUUUUAAAUAAAUUAAUUUACUGAGACUGUGACAAAGUGCCCCUUUAUAAAAAAAAUUAAGAAUGAAUUUUGCUCUAAAUAUACAUGUAAAAAAUCAACUAUAUGCUUAAAUAAAUUAUUUAUAUUCUUACUCUAACACUUAAAAAUUACAGAACAUAUUACUCCAUAUUAACUGCUGGCAUGCCCAUAUAAAACAAGGUAUUAAGAAUUAUUGCUAUAAAUAUAAUUAUGUGCUUAUUGUUAAAUCCUCAUUCAAACCCCAUUCAAACCCUUGUGGAGUUGAAGAACUCAUUUGUUCCAUUUAAAUUGUGAAGUUCUAUUACCAAGGAGAAAUUAUUUUUAUAUUUCAUACCCAUCCAUAUAUGCCAUACUUCUAAAGACCAUUUCAGGGGAUUUUGUUCAGAUUUCUAGUGGAUUUUGUCAAAAUUCCAGGGGAAUUUGUUAAGAUUUUUAGGGGAAUUUGUCACAAGUCCAGGGGAUUUUGUUAAGAUUUUUAGGGGAUUUUGUCAUAAGUCCAGGGGAUUUUUGACAUGUAAAAAAAUGCAUCCAUUUCUCAAAUACUCAGUAUAUAUUUUUGGGAGGCUUCCGAGGGGAUUUUGCUCUGAACAACCGAGGAAUAUUGCCUACUAGGUGUAUAUUGUCAUUAAAUACUCUUGGACAUUAUUUUGGCAUUUUCUAUUUAUAAAAACAUUUCAUUCAUACUAGUUUUUAUGCCCCCACAAAGUGGCGGCAUAUAGGGUUGCCCUUGUCCGUACGUACGUCUGUCUGUCUGUACGUACGUACGUCCCGAAGAUUGUUUCCGAUCUAAUUCUUGAAAACCGUUUGUCCAAUCCUCACCAAACUUUAAACACAUGUUUGUGACCAUAAUAUCUUGAUCAAGUUCCUUAGCCAUGGAAAUCGCUUUUGUCAUUUAGGAGUUACGGCCCUUUAUUUGCAAAAAAAGACUUGAAAAAUACGUCCCGAAGAUUGUUUCCGAUCUAAUUCUUGAAAACUGUUUGUCCAAUCCUCACCAAACUUUAAACACAUGUUUGUGACCAUAAUAUCUUGAUCAAGUUCGAUAGUUAUGGAAAUCGCUUUAGUCAUUUAGGAGUUACGGCCCUUUUUUGCCAAAAAUACUUCAAAAAUCAUUAUGGCUUAUUUUCUGUGACAAAAAAUCGAAGUGGGGGCAUCCGUGUCCUAUGGACACAUUUCUAGUUUUUGACUGAAAAGCACUAUAUUGAUUAUAUAUAUAUUAUUUAAGAAAAUGCAUUGUUGUAAAGCCAUCUAGUCUGCAUUAGUAUUUAUUACAUUCCCAAAAAAUAAAACAAUUUUUUCACCCUGCCGAUGGAUAUUACAUGUAUGCAUGCCUUUGAAAGUCAGUCUUGUUUUAGGGUUUUAACGAUAUUAUGAUUUAACUUCAUAGGGUAUAUGUUAGGUUAUGUGUUUAUGAUGUAAAUUUAAUGUUAUAUUUAUGUUGUGCAAGACUAUUUAUGUUAUGUUUUUUGUUAUUUAAUCAAAACCUGUUGUUUAAUUUUUAUCUCACCUGACCAAGAAGUGGUCAAAGAUGAGCAUUGUGGCUGUCGUUUGUCUUUAGUCUGUCAAAAGCUCAUUUGUUUACUCUCUAGAGGCCAGAUUUUAAACCAAUAUUGCUGAAAAUUGGUCUGAAUGAUUAUCUUGAUGAUAUCAUGGACACAUUUAAAAGUGCUUCAUCCUGCAUAAAAAACUAGGUCAUUAGGUCAAAUCUAAGAAAAGGCUAGUUUACACAAGAGACAACCAUUGUAGACAAAUCUAAAAAUUGGUCAAAAUGAUUGUCCUGGUGAAAUUUUGGACACAGUUAAAUAUGGGUCAUUUGAGGUUAAAACUAGGUCACUAGGUCAAGUGUUAGAAAACAGAACAGAGGCCACAAAUUUAGACAAAUGCUUCUAAUUAUUGGUCAGAAUGGUUGUCAUGAUGAAAUCCCAGACAAGUAAGAUUAUGUGUCAUCUUGGGUCAAUAACUAGGUUAAAUCUAAGAAAACCGGAUCGGAAAGAAGUUUUAAUCGAGUUCAAAUAUUUGUUAUAUCUGACAAAAAACAACAACUUGAGAAUUAGGUCAAAUGGGGAGUUCAAUUAGAUCAACAAAUACCCGUAGAUGAUUCAUGUUAACUCUAUAGAAGUUGUUAAUGAUAUUGUAGGAUUAGAAAAGAUUUGUCUUUAUCAAAUAUAGGUCAAGAUUGAAUAUAAGUUUUGUCAAGCACUGGCACAUUUCAUAAAAAUAUUUAACAGGAAAGCCAUGGUCAGGUGAGCAUUCCAGGGCCCUUAGAUAUAGUUUUUUUGUUUACAAGCUGGUUACGGGUUCAUAAUAAGGUACAUGACUGUAAUCCACAAGUAUAUGAUUACCAAACGUGUAAAUUUCUUUUAAAAAACUUUUACGUGUUAUGUGUGAUUUUUUGUAAAUAUGAUGAUUAUUUUAAAAUGGAGCCAUGAACAUAUACACAUGCUGCCUUGCAAUUAUUUUAUUUUUUUGUACCUGUGGUUUAUUAACCACAAAACACAAGGUUAUAAUGAAAGAAUAAUAUAUACAGUCUUGAUUAUUCUCCAAAAGUGAAUUGAAACUAUCAUUCCAGUUCAAUUUGAUAAUUGAUUAGGUUUAGGGUCCAAUUCUGCAAUACUUCUCAUAAUCUAAAUUUUUUGAACCAGUACUUCACCAAGCUGAAAAGUUGUUAGAAUGUGUUAAAUAUACAUAUAUAUAUAUAUAUAUAUAUAUAUAUAUAUAUAAAAAAAAGUGUUUUUGUUUUUUUCCAUUUUUUAAUAUAGAAGUAGUGCUUUUAGUUUCAACAUGUGUUAGCUUAUCUUUUGUUGUAAGAGUGAUUUUUAUUAUGUUAUUAAUUGUUUGAUUUAAGCAUUAUUCUGUUAGUUAAUCUUUUAUUAAUUGUUUGUAGUUUAAGUAGCAAUUUUAUAAUCUUAAUAUAUGCUUCCUUAAUUUAGUAUGUAAGCUACUGUGCGGGUUAAUUGUUCUAGGGAAAAUAUGAUUCAAAACAGCUGUUCCAUUGACGUUAAAUUAAAGUACAGUCGAAUCCCAUUGGCUCGGAAAAUUUGAGCCAAGUAGGAAUGCUUACCUUCAGUAUAAAGAAAUCAGUCCUUUACAUCCAGUUCAAGCCAGCAAGGAAUUUUGAGACAAUCAAGUUUGACAAUGGGGUUCCACUGUAGAUUAUACUUUCUUUUGAAAAUAUAACAUUUAUUUAGAUAACAUGCAGAUUACCCAAAACAAGCGUCUUUCAUAAAAUAUACCAACAGAAUUUAGCAUAUUACUAUAUGUUGGUGAAGGAUUAUGCACCUAUCAUUUAUGCUCGCCUUUUAAGCCUUUAACUUCUUUACUUGUUUAAUUGUUAAUGGAAAAUGUAGGAUUAUUGUGAUUUUCAUAUUGCAAAUGUUGUAAAAUCUUUCUUUAAAAUGUUGAGGAUAAAGAUGUAUUAUAAUCUCAUGGCUUGUUGGCCUUAUAUAUUUUGCUUUUGUGUUAUUUUUAAAAGGUAUUAUUUAAUAUACCUUAAGGUUGUGAAAUUUAUAAAAUGCAAAAUAAAUUUACUUGUAUUUAUUGCA